CACAAAUAAACCCUAAUUCCUCCUAAAACCCUCAGUCGGCGUUGGUGCCUUCUCCCUCCUCGUCCUUCUCCAAUAAACCUACUCAGAGCAGAAUCCUCGCAUGCCCAAAUCCCUAACAAGCACGCAGGAGGACGCUAUCAACCCUACCCUUCUCGCAUUCAAGCCUCGCCAAGUUCUGCUCGCAAACCGAGACAUGGAGCACAGGAAGCCCAAUAGCUCUGCAGACGGAGCACAAACUCCGAGUCCCGACCAGAAGGGUCCACUCCUCCGCGCCGUGGCUCGGUUCCUGGAAAACAAUGGGUUCUCCAAAACCUUGAAAAAGUUCAUUUCUGAAGCUGGAAUCGAGAAAAGUGAACUGAAGGAUUUGCCACUGGAUUUGGGAGAAAUGUACUGCAAGUAUUCUGAGAUGUGUAGUGGAGGCACAAAUGUCCACAGCGAGGAGAAAGUAUUGAAGGAUACCUUCCAAUUGCUGUUAAUGGCGGAUAAGUUAUCCAAGGAGGCAAAGAAGUCCAAGCUAGCUUCUGGUUCUCUUGCUGGUGCAGCAGAAGAACAUCAAUCAGAGCAAUUUCUUGGUGCAACUGAAAAAAAAAUUAAAGAUGCUGUACUUUUAAAGGAAAAUGGUGUGGGUGAUUCUGAGAUAGAAAAGAAACCAAGGGAUAAGAAGAAAAAGAAGAACAAGUCAAGUACCGAUUCUGUCAGUGCUGGUGUAGAGCAGCAUGGCUUGGAAGGAAAAAAUGAUGCGAUUGAAAUGGGUAAAUCAGUUGCUGAUGACAAUCCAAUGGAUGGGAAGAGUGUCAAACCUAAAAGUAAGAAGAAAAAGAAAGAUGGUUUGGUUUCUGAAAGUUUAGGUGGUGAGAAAGGGAAGGCGCUUAGUAUAGGAGAUACGAAUGGAACUAGUUCUGGAAAAUAUGAUUUCAAGAUAUCAGAUGUGGAUGCUACUGAUAAGGAGAAUAAAGGUUCCAAAAAAAGAAAAAGAUUAGCUUCUGAAGGAUAUGAUUCACAGCCUGCCAACAACAAAGAAGAUGAAGUAUCCAACCGCAGAAAGGUAGAGGGCUCAAAAGCAUCCAAGGGAAGUGAGCAACCAGUAAAUAACAAUGCAUCACAAGGAAAAGCUGAAAAUUUUGGUGAACUAGAUAAAAGUGCUAAGAAGUCUUUUAUUAAGAAAAACAAGAAACAACACAAUGGUUCAGCUGAGCCAAAGACUGUUAAUGCAUUUCAAAGGGUAAAAGCUGAUGAGGUGGAAUUUAUUGAUGAGAAGCUUCGAGAUAAUUCUUACUGGGCAAAGGAUGGUGCGGAGAUUGGCUAUGGUGCAAAAGCACAAGAGAUUCUUGGGCAAGUCAGAGGAAGGGAUUUUCGGCAUGAAAAGACCAAGAAGAAGCGUGGGACAUACAGAGGAGGGCUGAUUGAUCUGCAGUCACACUCGGUCAAGUUCAAUUAUUCUGAUGAAGAUUAAUCGGAAAGUUUUCUAAGGCACAAAUCAAGAACGGUAUUCACUUGCUGAAACAUUUUCUUCCUUGACCUAGCAUGAUACCGGCCGAUUUUAUAAGUUUUCAACGAAGGGGCUAGCUUCUACCUAUUUAUAGUUUAUUAUAACUCUUCCUCCUGUUAUUGAGGGAACGUGCCAUUUUAUUCCCUUCUGAAACACGGAAGGCUGGCUCCAGUCCUUUGAUAGUAUUUUUCUCUUAAAUUGUGGUCCGAAGGAUGUACUAUAAAGUAUUUAUGUGAUGAGUUAAGUUUCUUUGUAACUGUUUUAUUUGUUCUUUU